AUAAAAAAUUUAAGAUGAGGUGCAAAAAUGUAAUUGUAGUUUGACCAAAAAUGGCAAAUCGCUUUGAACCCUAAUUAAAUUAUAUUGAAUCCAAAUCGCAAUUCAGGACCCAAACAACAUCACUUCCCAAUACCACAAAUUGUUCUGCGACUGCAAUCUUUCUUCACGCUCUGCAAUGGCCGACGAAGAACCUGUGGACCAGAAGAGAUAUCUCGAAGAAUCUUGCAAACCGAAAUGUGUGAAACCAUUACUUGAAUAUCAGGCAUGCGUUAAAAGGAUACAUGGUGAUGAUUCGGGGCAGAAACACUGCACUGGACAGUAUUUUGAUUAUUGGUAUUGUGUUGACAAAUGUGUUGCACCAAAGCUAUUCGUCAAACUGAAGUAACGGGAGAAUAUUUUGGUAUUAUAAUUUAUGUUCCGUUUUAUCUUCAUUCCUAAAUAACUACUCCUGAACAUAUGAUUUUGUAACCAAAUUCCAUGCCUUGUAUGGCUAUUAUUUUGCUGAUUGGGAAAUUUUGAUCCCAUGGAGACCUUGAAUGAAAAUUAAUAAUAACAUUAUGCCAAUUUGAAACUUUUAGACUUGAUAGGAAGUAUGCUGGUAUAAACCCAACAUUUUUAUCAAUUUUGAAAAAUUUGUAUGGUAGUACUAUGUUGUUUUUCGGA